GCGAAGACCAUGCGCUGGUUCUUCCAAACGUUUGGAACGCGUGGCCGGUUAUGAAUACCAGAAACACUAUGGCGCAUUUUGUUUGGUUCCUUGUUCUCUGCUUCAUCUCUGCAGCAGAUGCAGCAUCUGCAAGAACCGACGUCGCGGAAGCGCGCAGUUCUGACAGCGGCCGCACAUUCGGCGCCCUGUUGCCGCUGUCGUUGAGCCUAAUGCCUCUGCUAGCUCCAGUCAUCAGCAAGAGCGUGUUCAUGGUCCUGCUGUCGGGCGUCGCCUACCUCGCGCUGUUCGUCGGGUCUUUCUUUUUUCCCCCGCUCGGUGCCCUGAUAGGCCUGGGACCUGGGGGCCUGCGCUCCUUCGAGAGCAAACUUGACCCGAGCGAGAACAGCAGUCGACCGCCUGACCCGCGUCGUCCGUCAGGCCAUUGCCUCCACCGAGGAAUCCGUUACUGGAGGGACUACGGAAUGCCGUCAACGGCUCCUCUGCGAGCUGUCCAAGGCGGUCUCCGAUGGAGUGCCCACCAUUGAAAUGUUCGACAACUACUUCAGGAACCGAUCUGAGGACGCCGAUUCUUACGCCGGCGCAUGGGCAAGCGGGUGGCUGCACCGAGACUGUGCACGCUUCUACAAGGACUGCGAUCGGACUUCUAUCGACAGCCUGUCCGCCGUUGUAACGGUGCUAGGCGGACCCGAUGGCUACUUCGGCACUAUCCUGAACAGGUUCACCAACGGCACAGCGUCUCCCACCGAGGAGCACACGACAGCCUCUUGGCUGGCCACGACUCUGCGGAGCAUGCGCACAACAACCACACCACCGCCACCAUUGUUUCACAGCACGACGCCUCCGUCGUGGACAACUGUCUUGCAGAGCCUCGUCACCCUUGCCGGGACGGAACAUUUCCAGCAGUUUGUCUCCACACAUACGACACCCCCUCCAGGCUCUACAAAAAAAUAGCCUUCUCACCGAAGUGGGUGCCGCGUUUAGGGGGCACCAACUACUGCUGACGUACUCGGUGACUACGAACAUAUCUUAAAAUCAACUCGGUGACUCAUCUAGUCUUUUAUCUUGUACUUGGCUCCAAUAAAGACUACGUUUAUCUCAUGCAAAGCA